CGCUUCUUUUAAAUAUACUUCCGGGAUCUCGACAAGGCCACUUUAGGGGGCUGACACGGUUCAGCUACGUGCAAGCGUGCAAGUAAUCCUUCAGCUGUUUCCUGCAACUGCAAGUUUCACAAGCUAUCGGCUUACAUCCUUGCCAAUUGAACGCUCGCCGGCAGCAAUGCAGCGUAUAUCCACCUUGGGUCGUGCCCUACAUUGUCCAGCCACGCAUAGCCCAGUUAUCUCCCGUCCAACAAUUGCGCCCGGAGUUCAAUUGCAUCGCCCUGUCGGGCUCCGGUGUUCCGCUGCGGAGGUGUCGACGCCGGCCACGGUCGCUGAUGCUGAGACGCAAGCCCCGAAGGUCCUCCAACCUGCUGGGUCGACCAAGCCCCAAAACAACACAAAGAAGGACCAGCAAUUCAGGACGCCUCCCAACGGACAAGGCCGUAAGGGCUCGAGCGGCAAGGAUUCCCGUGGUGCUAGCAAUGCGCAGUCCGGCGGAGAUCGCGCAAUCAUCCAGCAGCGAUGCCGGCUGCUAAUGGAGGGAGAGGCUGUCGGGCUGGCCAUGGCUCCAACGCCGGAGGAUCUGGCGGUUGGAUUCAAGGGCCUGCGUCCCCUGUCUCAGGAGCUCCGCCGCAGGGACCGCACGCUUCUGUUCUUCGCCUCCAACCAGAAGGCUCCCGAGGCUUCCGCAGACGAGCCCUCGUCUCCCGACGCACCUAGACAGCGCACAGACCGGCGGCAAGAGCAGCCACAGCAGCAGCAGAUGUUGGAACUGGCGCUGGUGGCUGUGCCGCGCUUCACGCCGCCCCAACCCGAGGUCAUCAUCCGAGUGGGAGCCAGGUCCGAUGCCGCCACCAUAUCUCGCAUACUCACCCGCGCCGCGGUGCGCUCGGGUGCCGUGGCGCUGCGAGCCGCCGGCCCCGCUGCGGCGCUGGUGGCGCUGCGGGCGGCGGUGCUGUCGCGGCGAGCUCUGGCGGCGGAGCGGCAGCUGGACCUGGCGUUUAGCAUUGAGUACCUGCGACUGCCGGCUUACGAAGCAAGCAAUGUGGACACGGCUGAGGUGAUGCAGGACGGCAAGACGGUCUCGGAGCUGCAGCCCUCAGAGCCCUUGGAGGCUGGCACCAGCCCUGCUGCUGAUACCGCCGCUACCACCACCGCUGCUGCUGCUGCUGAGAAGGAGAAGGAGGAGGAGGAGGAGGACGGUCAGGAGGCGGCUGCUGCUGCUGCUGCGGCGGCGGCGGCGGGCGGGCGAGUGACCAAGUCGUUCGCUUCCAUCCUGCAGUUCAGCUUCUACAAACGCGAGCUGCCCACGCCCCAGGUGGUGGUGGCGGAUUUUGCGCCCGAGCGCGCCUCCUCCGCCCUGGUGGAGCUGCUCACCUCGCUGCUGGGCGAGCGGCGGGAGGUGGAGGUGGUGGUGGGCAGCCGGGAGGUGCUGUUCGCCAUGCAGGCGGUGGCGCGGGUGGUGCGGAAGAGCUGGGCGCGCUACUCGGCCAGCGUCGCGGCCUUCCUCGUCGCAAUGGAGCCGGAGGGGGGGCAGCAGCAGGCCAAACAGGAGCGGCAGGGAAGCGGCAGCCACCGCCACCGCCACAACAGGUACAACAGAACCAGCAGAAACACCAGCAGCAGCAGCAGCAGCAGGGACCACGACAGCAACAGCAGCAGCGGCAGGGACGCCUACCCCGAAUACACGGCCCGAUUGGUGUUGCGGCGCCUGGCGGGGGCGCCCAACCUGGUGCCCACACGCGACAGCAACAGCUUCAGCAGCAACUACAACAACUUCAAUUACAGGGCCUAUUACAACAGGAGCGGUAGUGGCAGUGGCAGUGGCAGAGGCGGCGAGGUUGAGGAGGAGGAGGAGGAGCAGCCGCAGACGCUGUUGGGCGCGCCGCUGGGGUUCGUGAAGGCGGACUCGCCGCUGGGGCCGCUGACGGCGGCAAUGAACCGGGAGUUCGACGCUGUUGGCUGGUACAGCGUGCUCCCCUCGGACGGCAACUGCACAGCCCGCGCGCUGUGGGCGCUGUGGGAGGCGCAGCAGCAGCGGGCGGCAGCCAAGGAAGAGGCAGCGGCGGCAGCGGCAGGUGCUGCUGCAAACGACACCGAGGCGUCCGCCGAAGGCGACACGGCCGCCGCCGCAUCCCCAGCCUCUGAGGAGGCUGCUGCUACUGCCGGUGCUACUACUGCCGAUGCUGAUGCUACCGGUGCUACUGCCGCAACUGCCGCAACUGCGACUCCCGCUGCUCCCACCGUUGAGAUCGCCAUCGUGCCGGAGUUUCAGCCCGUGAGCGACCGACCCACGGGUCCCUCCUGGGCCACCGUGCUGCACCUGCUGGAGCUCAGUCCGCUGCUGUUCCGUACACUCCGCAUCCGGGAGCAGAUGCUGUGGCAGGACGGGCGGCGCGAGGAGCUGCUGCAGAUCACCAAGGCGGUGCUGCUCCGGAACAAGAUGCACGGCAACCGGAAGGGAGGCAAGCUGCUGGUGAUGACCCCCCGGCUGGAUCCCCAGGGGGCGCUGCAGCUGCAGCUGGAGUACGUGGAAUCCGCACUGGUGGGGGGCCUGCCGGAGCCGCCCAGGAGGGAGGGAGCCGGACCUGAUUCCAAGUCCGCUCCCGACCCGGACAACGGCAGCAGCCGCUACGGCAGCAGGAACAGCGGCCGAGGUUCGGAGGGUGGCCGCAGCGCGGCGGAAUGGCGUGGCAGCAGCAGCAGCAGCAGCCGUCGGGAGGCAAGUGAGGCGGACGAUGCGUUUGCGGGUUACGCCACGGACGAUGAGUACGGCGUGGGGGCGGAGGCGGCGGUGUUGCUUCCGCCGGGCAUGAUGAGGGCUGCUCGGGAGGAGGAGGAGGAGGAGAAGCCGGAGCGGAGGGCUGGAGGACGAGGAUCAGGAGGAGAGGUGUCGCCGGCUGCUGGCAAGUCAGCUUGGUUGCUGUCUCUGGAUGCGGAAACGACCAGUUUGGAUCUGGCCAUGUCCAUUGUCGCCGAGACCUGCAAGCCCUGGGACCGGCUGAGCCCCGCCUGGCUGCUGCUGACGCCGCGGCCGCACCACGUCGCCACCGCCGCCCUGGCAGUGGCCAUGGCUCAGCCGCAGGUGCAGGAGCGCGCGCGUGUGGGGCUGCACGUGCUGCCCACCAUAGAGCGCCGCCGGGACGUCCGCAAUCGGCCGUAUAACCUGCUGGUAAUGAAGCUCAUCAAGUUCGGGCCGGGGGCGGAGCCGGGGGCGGCGGCGGAGGCGGUGGGAGGGGAGCAGCAGCGGCAGGGCGGCAGGCGCAGGGCGGAGGAGAGGGAGGUUGGUCCCUCACCGGCAGCCAUGGCUGCAGCGGCGGCGGCGGCAGCCCGGGCGACGGCCGGAGGAGAGGCGAGGCUGGGUGGCGCCCGCAGACUGUGGUAGAGGGAAGGGCGGGAGACUGUGGUAGAGGGAAGGGAGGGAGACGGUGGUAGAGGUGAGGUGAGGGAGGAGGGAGGGAGGGAGGAGGGAGGGUAGCGCUAUGAGGGCUUCAUGGGGUCCCCAUGGCCCAGGGAGGUGCUGCAGGGUCGAAGAGGUGCCUUUGCUGAACACCUUCACCACAGACAAAUCUGAUCCGGUCCUCGCCGCCAUUUGCGCAUCUACGGCUGCUGCUCCGUCGGGGCAGGCUGGCAGCGGUGGCAAGAGCGGGGGUUGCCGGGGGUGGCUGUGUCGCGCCCCGUUAUAGGGUAGGUCGGCGCAGCUGGCGCAGCAGCCGCUGUAAGGGCGGUUUUUUGUGAAGCCAGGGAAGGGAAGGCAGUGGAGGAGCCUUGAGCACUGGUUUGGACGUGGGGGGUUAGUGGGUGUUGCUUAACCUUUAGGUUUAGUGAAUGGCCAACCAAUGAGAGACAUGCGAUUUUUUUUUGUCUUUGCAAGAUGGAGUGCCAGGUGGUUAUAACAGCUUGGUGAGGGCGAGGGUGGUUAGCUUGCUAGCGGUAUGAGGGUAUGGCCUAAUUAGGCCAGCAUACAAUUUCAAAUGCGCGAGAUGCAUGCAGGGCUAGAAAUGUGCCGCGGUGUUAAAUCUAAGCCUUCGACCGCCUUCGUAACGUAUCGCACGGGAGCCUGCUGGAGUGAGGGAGAAUGUUGCACUUCUCCAACCUUUUUUCCUUUUUGGAAUGUCUGAAAGCGAGAGGGUCCUGUUCGUUUGCUGUUGAGCACCAUCACACUUUUUUCCAGUAUGCAGGUUGGGUCGUACAACGGUUUGUGGCGGCCGGCUAGUGACAAGCUGCAGUUAUGCCUUGUAUGUGCGAUUUCUGGGAUUGCUUAUCAGCUCCCCUUGGGAGUUGGUUUUCGCGGUGCGCACGGUCCGCAUGGGCGAUGGGGAUCACUACCUUUCCUGGUUUGCAGAUGGGGGCGCUGAGAAUGGCGUACGACAUUUGGGUGCGGUAGUUCUUCCCGCUCCCAGGAAGGCAUCUAACUUGAAGGGCUGUCAUUACUUUGAACACUAGGACAUCAACAGCGUGUGUUGGUUCAGGGCCAUGAUUGUAACAACAACAACAACAACAACAACAACAACAGUCCUAUCUCUGUAAGUAAUCCACAUCGGAAAACACACGUGUCAUAACACUGUCGCCUGAUGAUAUCCUUGCCUUCCCAUGACAUGACGCUUAAGGAACGGGUGGGAGGUGCGAGUUAUGCAGCGAUGACGGGUCAUAUAAUGUAAAGGCGAGUUGUGUGUAUGACUGUGUAUGUGUGUGUGUCAGAAGGAAUGGCGU